AUGAGCCGGCAGGAACAGCAGCAGCAGCAGCUCCCGUUUGGCUACCUCUCCCAAAUGGAAUCCUACCUGUCCGCCGUCACGGCACAACCACCACCGGCGGCGCCGCCUCCGCCAACCAACACCAACGCGAUGACGAGCAGCGCCGGGCUGCCCGACUGCUUCCGCACGCUGCGCUGCGACGGGUGCGAGAUGCUCUUCGCCGAGGCGGCGGCCGACGAGCCGCGCUGGACGUUUCCGUGCGGCCACGUGUACUGCGCCGAGUGCAUGCGGCGCGCGCGCGCGACGGCGGCGCGCACCAACGUCCACGUGCUCUGCCGCCGCUGCGCCAACAUCAUUGUCCGCAAGCUCGACAAUGCCCCCUGCGCGCAUCCGAUCCCCAUUGUCUCGUUUGACGCCCGCCGCCCGGGCCCGCCGCCGUUUCCGGAGCGCUACAGGCUGGCGCUCGGUCAGCGCACGGGGCCCAAGUGCCAGCUGUGCUGGCUCGUGGCGCGCCUGCAGAGCCUGUCGUACCGCGCCGCGCAGAGAUGGCAGGUCCGCGACUGGGGGUUCCCUGGGGAGCUGUUUGCGUGUGUACAGGUGGACCGCGGAAGGAUCGUGCAUGGUAUGCGCAAUGAGCUGCCAGAGGUCUCCGUCGACGUCGAUAGCGACGUCGAGCUGCAUCGGGCGCCCAUCAGGCAGGAGCUCGGCAUGCUGGCGUCGGAUAUCUGCGGCGGGCUGGGACAGGUCCCGAUGGAGCCGAAUUUCGACCCGAGGGGGGAUAUUGUCGUGCAGUACAGACUGCGUGGGUUUGCUAGGUGGGUGCGGGAGAAUGGCGUGGAGACGGGCAACAUGCCGGUCGGGUUGCGGGCUAUCGUGUACGGGGAAUGGUCGUGA